AUGGGCUGUAACCCGAGCAAAGACGGAGGUGCCGUCGGCGGAGAAGGUGUGGGAGGUGAUGGCGGAGGAGGGGUCACCAACAAACUGUCGUCGGCCGCCGAGUCGGACGCGGCCGAAACGCUCUUGAUACCGUUGAGUGACGAUUUGGGAGAACGCGACAGUUUGACCAGUUCGGUUAGCGAAGAAGAAAACUCCGACACGAUGAAAACAUCCGAGGAAGUAGAUUUCGAAAAGGAAUUCCGGCCGGAUGACGUUGAAUUGUGUCAUGCCGCGACCAAAAUCCAAGCGUCGUUCCGGGGUCACAUGACAAGGAAACAGCAGGCUGGCGGAAAAGACGAGCCUGGCGCAACGGCUUCUGGUUUGACUUCUAAAGACGAAAGUCUCGAAUCGCAGUUGAAAAACGUCGACAUAAACAAGGACGCGGACCUAGACCAGCUGUUGGACGUUGACUUGGCCGAUCCGGAGCUGCACAAAGCCGCCACAAAGAUUCAGGCGUCGUUCCGCGGGCACAAAGCUCGAAAGGCUGAUGAUGCAAUCGAUGGCAAGCAAUAG